UUUUUUUUCCUUCUCUUCCUAUGAAUUUUUUUGUGUUCUUUUUUGCGGUUCGAAGUGUUUAGAUGAAAUGUUUUUUAUGUCGUUUUUUUUUUGAAAAGUGAAAUUUUUUUUACUAUUGAAGAAAAUAUACAAAAAAAUUUGACUUUAUCGAAGGCAGUGUGAAGCAAGGCAGAAACUGAUGGUUUUAAUUUUCAUGAACAAAAAGUUAAUUGCUUUAAAAAUUGUAAAGUAGAAUUACCAGACAUUUUGCAACAGCAACAAGAAAAAAAAAACGUGAGAGGGAAGAAAGCAAAGUGUGGGUAUCAGGAAAGUGAUUGUAAAACACAUAAAAUCCAAAUCUAUUGGCACUAAGUUGUGUAUAAAGAAGAAAAUUACAAUAAACAAAAGUUUACACAAGUUAUGAUAUAGUCGUGCAUAGCAAUUAUUGAGAAUGGUGCGGUUCAAUAAAAAGGAAAAUGCUGAGCGACGAGAAUUGCUCUCUAGCAUGAAUCAAGUGGAUGAUGGCAAAGAGAAUGAGAAUGCUGCUUUCCAACAUGUGAAGGAACAUUUAACAGAGCUUGAUGCACAGGCAAAUGAUACGGAUCUUGUAUUUUUGAGGGGUCUGCUGGAUAAUCCAGCAGUUGCUGAAGCCAUACGGAUUCAAGAUAAAUUAGAGAAUCAACCAGAGCCAUCGAAGCCUGUUAGAUUAGGAAAUAUAAGGCUUAUUAGGGAGUUAGAGGAGAAAUAUAGUGUUGCCAGGAAUCCACAAGCGAGAGAGCUUUUUAGAAUAUUAAGGAGUCCACAUUUUAAGUCAUUACUUUACUCACACGACCUAGCGGGUGAUAUAGUCUAUAGAAAACUAAAGAAUCCCGAAGCAGGUAAAGGAUCAACUUCAAAGCACGCUGAAGACGAUACAAACGGAAGUACAAUGCCUGUUGGUGAAACAAUAAAAAUGGUUGGUAUCCGAAAGAAGCCCAACGAGCCAUUAGGCUUAACAGUCGAAUUAGACGAAUUCAAUCAAUUAAAAGUAGCAAGAAUUAUUUCCGGUGGAACAAUCGAUCGACAAGGUUUAUUAAAUGCCGGCGAUGUAAUAUUAGCAGUUAAUGGCAUUGCAGUUCAUUCACCUGAAGAGUUGCAGACAGAAAUUUCAAGAGCAAAAGAGUCUGUGACAUUGAAAAUUGGACCCAAUAUUGAUGAGGAGAUGAAAUCAGCACGAUUGACGGUAGCCGGUAGUGCACAGGUAAAGAAUAAGACACAAGAAGCUGGCAAAAAAUUGGCGAGAUACAUGAGAGCACUUUUCGACUAUGACCCAUCGAACGAUGAACUAUUGCCAUGUAAGGAAAUCGGCCUUUCAUUCUCAAGCGGUGACAUUCUUCAAAUUAUUAACAUCAAAGAUCCAAAUUGGUGGCAAGCAAAGCAUGCAGGAACUGAAGGUCCAAUUGGUUUAGUGCCAUCACAAGAGCUUGAAGAGCGACGCAAAUCAUUUGUGCCACCCGAAGCUGAUUUCGUUCAUAAAGUCGGCAUUUGUGGCACGAGAAUAUCGAAGAAGAAAAUUAAGACUUUCUACAAAUCAAAAUCAAAUUGUGACUUUGAUAAGGCAGACAUGACAUUGUACGAAGAAGUCACAAGAAUGCCGCCAUUUAAGAGAAAAACUCUCGUAUUGAUUGGUACUCAGGGUGUGGGACGACGAACAUUAAAGAAUCGUUUAGUCAAUAGUGACAUUAAACGUUUUGGUGGAGUGAUGCCACACACAAGUCGACCACCACGUGCACUUGAAGAAAGUGGAAAAGGAUAUUGGUUCAUUGAUCGUGAAGAUUUCGAGGAGGAAGUCAAUCUCAACAACUUUUUGGAAUGUGGAGAGCACAAUGGAAAUUUGUAUGGAACACAUCUGGAAUCAAUUCGUAUGGUCAUUAAGGAAGGAAAAAUGUGCGUCCUUGAUUGUGCACCUUCAGCCUUAAAGCUCCUUCACAACAGUCCUGAAUUCAUGCCAUUUGUUAUUUUCAUCGCAGCUCCAGGUAUGGAGCAAUUGAAGCAACUUUACGCAGAACGAAGAGCAGCUGGUGGAUCUCAGAGGAAUCUCGCGUUUGAUCGUCAAAGCUCGAUUAGGUACAGUUCACGACGUGCUCGUACAUUGGAGUCGCUUGCAUCGCUGUAUGAAGACGACGAAUUGGUCAAUCAAGUUGAAGAAUCAAUGAUGCUUCAGCGAAAAUACGAAAAAUACUUCGACAUGGUCAUCGUAAAUGAAGAUUUUGAUCAAACCUUCCGUCAAGUGCUUGAUGCAUUAGAGUUGCUGAGUCAUGAGCACCAAUGGGUUCCAGUUAAUUGGAUUUAUUAAGUCUGCCAUCAUUAUAUGUUUCAAUAUGUUCAAUAUACCAUAAAUUACUGACUUUUAAAAUGAAAAUUCAUUAAGAAAAAAACAUCGAAAAAAUAAGAAUCCAUUAAAGUUAUUCUCAUUAUUGUGUUCAUAUGAUGAUCUUUAAAAUAAUGAAAAAAUUAAUGUGCAAAAUAGAAAUUCUUACUCUCUUUCUAAAUUUAUUCAAAAACAUGAAAUAUAAUCAAAAAAAAAACAUUUGUUGAGCAUUCUAUUCAGUUUAAUCGUCCUUAAAGCGUAGAUGAAUUUGCGUAUCAGAUAUGCAAAAAAAAUGCUUUUCUUUACUUUUACUUAUUUUUGCGUCCAUUAUUUUGUUAAUGACAAAAAUUCUCUAGUUUAUUAUUAGGUUUUAAUAGAUUUAUUUUUAGAAUACUUUCCAAACAUUUUAAAAUGAUUAAUUUGUAAAAAACUCUUUUUUAAUAAAUUUCUAUCGAAAGUUGUAAAUUUAAUUAAUUCAAGUGGCAACUUUAGGGUCGAUAAUUUCAUAUUUUUAUUAGAUCUUUAAUGUUAUAGAAAAUAGUGAAAAUUUAAAGCUGUUGCUUUUUUAAUGAGAAUAAUAUUGUUAGCCAGAGCUUGUAUAAAAUGAAUUUUUUAAAUGAAUAAAAAUUAAAAAU